GUUUAUCCGCGUUCAAGUCUCCCCAAAAUUAAAUAUUUAAUAAAGUCAUCAAAAUUUCAAUUUUAAAUAAUUUUUCAUUCCCGCGUUUAUUUUGUGUUAAAAGUGUUUGCCGGUUUUUUAUCGUUUAGUGUCCAGUGAGUGUUUGAUUUAUUUGUUUCGUGUUUUAUUUAUCGUUUGUGAUUAUUGUUUUGUGUUUUCGUUAAUUCCCAUUCUAUGUGAUUUUAUUUUAUUCUGUGAUAGAUGAAUCUUUAUUAAUUUUAUUUUUAAAUCUGAUGGCUUACGACGCGACGUAAAUUAUCCGGUAACUUCUUCCACAAACUGACCAAGAAAAAAUGGACGUGAGAUCAGAUAAGCCACGUACGGCUGGACGAAUUGCUCCAACUGGUCGUUUAACUCCAUCAAUACAUCAACCUGUCAAUGGAAGACGCAAAGUUAUUCCUGUACCUCCACCUCGAAUUCCAACUCCUAUGCCAAUUGUUACUAAUAAUAAACAAAGAGCUAGUGCGAAUAUCGAAGUUCCUCAAGUUUUGCCAUUGCAGAAAAAAGAAUCACACGGUAAUAUUGGUAAAAUAGCAAAACGUUAUCUUGACGAUAAUAUGCAACAAGUAUGGAUAAAUCCACGAUUAAUUUCCAUGAUAAAUAUGGAAGCUGUUACGUCAACAGAUUAUGAUUCAGCAAAUUUAAGUCAUAAUUUUAAUCAAAUUGGAUUCAGCACUUAUAACUAUUCACAGUUUGAAGAAAAGUACAAGUCUCAGCAAAAUUCAACUAAACUCGGAACAAUAAGUCAAACACUAUCAUGUCAGUCAAAUGAUUUCGUCAGUUACUUAUAUGACGAUAAAUAUCCACGCAAUCAAUUACAGCCAGAUAAUAAUAAACAGCAGCAUCCGUAUGUUAUACCACAGGAAAUAAAAUCAAAGUCACUAAAUCAACGUGACAUAACUUAUUACCAAAUAGAUCCGGCACCUAAACACGAGACUCGUCACAGUAAAUGUCAUCGAUCAGCUGAAAAAACUAAUCAACAUGAAACGGGUAUUACGACAAUGGGAGUUGAUGACAAAAAAGAUAGCAAAGAUAAAAACGAAAAACGUGAUAAAGGUAUUAAGUGCAGUAAUCAAAAAUCUGAACCAAAGAUUAAUGGAGCAUCAAGCAAUCACCAGCAAUUGAUUAAAUCAAGUGAGUCGGUCGGUGAGUGUCAUCUUGGACAAAUUCCACCCAAUCAACAUCAGCAACAGCUUGACCCGUCAUCCAAGUAUCGUCAAUUCGACAGGCCGCCCAAGUACCAAGAGCACCCACCUCGAGAUUCACUGAGGUGUGAACCUGCACCUAGAUAUUAUCAAGAUCCGCCAAAAUAUUCUGAUGUUAUAAGACGUGAUGAUUUCAAAAAAGUAUCCGAAGAGAAGGGACGACGACAAGUGGGGAUACGGUGCGGGAGUGUCGGCGAGACGCCUGUUAAUCUAGUCAGUAUCACGCCAACUGCGCGAGAAGUAACACGUGGUGUCAUGACACGUCAUCGUCAAACACAUAAACAACAACAACAACAACAACCGCAACCACACCAACAACAUCAACAACAAGACGUUCAUUUAAAUCGAAUUAAAACUGAUGAUAUUGAAAAAAUUACCACUGAAAAUGUUAAACAGCCUCAGUCUCAGCUUCAGCUUCAGUCUCAAUUUCAAUUUCAACAACAUCUUACAGAACAAUCAACAUCAUCAAUAACAACAACUAAAACCGAUCAAUCUUGUCGUAAUAAUUUCAACGGGGGUAUUAUUUUGGGUGUCAAUGUCAGCGGAGUUAUUUGUCCUGAUAUUCUUGAUAAAAAUGAUAAAAAAAUAAAAAGCUCUGAUUUUAAAUUUAUUGAUUGUCAUAAUACGUCAAAAGUAACAACAGGAGCAUCUGGAGUAUCAACAGCUAUCGGAGUUGAUAAAACAACAAUAAUGAUGAAAAAUAAUAAUGAUAACAAAAUAAAAAGUGAUAAUGACAAAGUACGCGUUAAUCGUGAAUCUAUGAUACAUAAACAUGAAAAAGAUUAUACAAAAAAAUGUAAUAAUCAUGAUGGGCAAGGAGUUAUUGGCCACGUGGUUGGUUAUAAAUCCGACAAUAUUAAGUAUUAUCGUGAGCUUAAGGGAUUUAAGUCUUAUGGUGUUAUCGAUAAACCAGCUGGGAUACAUGAUAAAACACAUCAAUAUGCAAUCCCUGAAAAGGUUCCUGCUGGUUCUGGUACUGGUACUGGUACUACCACUGGUACUGCUACUGCUAGUAAUAAUACCAGUCAUGAUAAAGGUCAUGUUAAAUCAUCACUAAAUUAUACAUCUAAAGUAACAGAUAAAAGUGCUACACAUUGUGAUAAUAGUAAAUAUAGUGAUCAUAAUUAUUAUUACUACAAUAAUCAUCAUUAUAAUAAUAGUAAUCGGUACGGUUAUCAAAAAUCAAACUGUGUUUUACCAUUGUUUCAAGAAACAAAAUAUGGUUAUACUGUUAGUGGUUCUCCUGGUACACCCGCACAGGCCAGCGCUGCAGCAGCUUUUUUUGCAAGAGCGGCACAAAAAUGGAAUUUAUCGUCGAGUCCACACAGGCGACGACGCUCAGGAGAUGAAAAUAUAACAUAUGAUGAACAUCCUAUUUUUCCAAAUGGUUAUGCUGCAAUACUCAAUAAAUCACCACCACCAGCACCACCGGCAUUUUUACGACGUAUUGGUGUCAAAGAACUUACUGGUGUCGGCAAGGUAAAAGUAAUGCUGAGAAUAUCAUCAGGUGAAGGCGGUAGUUUUUUUACUGCUGACAAACGUAAGAAACAAAUAACACUUAUUGAUCCAACAUCAGGACAAUCAUCAACAGCUGAAUCAGACCGUAGACCAACUGUUGCAGCUCCAAAGAUGUUUGCAUUUGAUGCUAUUUUUACAGAAGAAGAUUCACAGAUAGAAAUCUGUUCAAGCGCCCUAUCUGACGUAAUUCAUGCUGUUAUCAACGGGACAGACGGGUGUCUCUUUUGUUUUGGUCAUGCUGGUUUAGGGAAAUCUCAUACUAUGCUUGGCACUCCAGAAGCUGGUCAUACUCUUGGUGCUAUUCCAUGUGCAAUAACGUGGUUAUUCCGCGGUAUAUCUGAACAAAGACAAAGGACAGGUGCAAGAUUUAGUGUACGAGUUAGUUGUGUUGAAUUAACAACUGGGCAACAUCAAUUGAAAGAUCUUUUAGCUGCAUAUGCAAAUGAUUCAGAACAAUCACCAGCAGUUUAUCUACGAGAUGACCCACUGUUUGGUACACUGCAGCUUCAGCAACACAGUGAACUUCGUGCUCCGACUGCUGAACGUGCAGCAUUUUACCUAGAUGCUGCAGUUGCUGGUCGCCAAUCUGAAGAUAAUGAUGCUCAUAUGUUAUAUACUCUUCAUGUUUAUCAAUACAGUGUAGCUGGCAAGGGUGGAGUCGCUGGUGGACGUAGCAGACUUCAUUUAAUGGACUUAGGAAAUUCAGAUCGUGGUAAAGCAGCUGGUGGAAUACCCUUAUCCGGUCUUGGCAACAUAUUAUUAGCAAUAUUUAAUGGACAAAAACACUUACCGUAUAAAGAACAUAAAUUAACACAAUUGUUAAAAGAAUGUCUGGGUUCAUUGACAUGUCAUGCAGCAAUGAUAGCACAUGUAUCACCAAAUGCCCAACAUUACACAGAUACUUUAACAACAGUCCAAUUAGCAUCACGUAUACAUCGAAUGCGCCGACGUAAAAUAAAAUUUGUAACCGGUAAUACACAAGGAAAUGGUACAAGUAGUGGGAGUUCUGGUGAGGAAGCUGCACGACAAAAUAGUGAAUGUGAUCCAAGCUCGAGUGAUUUAUCAGCCGACACCGUUAUUUAUGUUGGUCCAAGUGCUGAAGAUGCUACUGAUGGUGAGCAUCCACCAGUUUAUUUACCAAGUCUUAAUUCUGGUGAUCAAAGGUGCGCAAUGGGACGUAUUUUACGUGGUUCAGCUGCUGAAAGACCUCAAACAAAUAAAUUAUUGGAAGAACAACAACAACAACAACAACAGCAGCAGCAUCAUCAACAACAAACACAACAACAACAACAAAAUCAACAACAACAACAACAACAACAACAACAACAACAACAACAACAACAACAACAACAACAACAACAACGUAGUCCAGCGCAUAAUAAAACAACAAAAGCUGUUAAAUCAUUAACACAGACAGCAUCUAAACAAACAUCACCUGCUCAUAGUAUUACACCAAAAGCUAGUCCAGCGCGAAAAGCUACAACUAAAUUAUCAAAUAAAAUAACAGAUUCACCAACAAAUAGUAAAAUUCAAUCUGUAGCGGGUGGUCCAUCGGAUGAACAGUGGAUUGAUGGACCAAGAAUAUCAAAAUCUAAAGUUGCUGAAGCGAGGCAUUUAUUUAAAGAUGCUCAUCAUAAACGUGAAACUUGGAUUGAUGGUCCUUUACAGCCAUUACUUAAUCAACAAUCAUCGUUAUUAUCAUCAUCAUUGCAACAACAACAACAGCAGCAGCAACAACAACAGCAACAACAACAACAGCAACAGCAUACUGGCUACGGUUUUAUGGAUAAUCAUAAAAAAAUAAUGAUAAGAAAGUGGGUAGAAAAUCAGUCAUCACAAAUUCAACGGGCUAAGCAUACGUCAUCGAGAUCUGAAUCUAAAUCAGGUCAAUCUUGUGGUAGUGGUAGUGGUAGUACUGGUGGUAUUUUUAAAGAUAUAAGUAGUGGUGGUUGUGGUGUUGGUGUUGGUGGGGGAUCUACAUGCUUUAAGAUGUCUGAUGAUAAUGAGGAUGAUACCUCAUUAAGUACUGUGGGUAGUGAUAGUUUAAGAACAACUGAUGCUGAUGAUACGAUAGAUAAAAUAUGUAGUAGUAGUAGUAGGGCUAGCAAAUUAUUAAAUUUAAUAAAUAUUAAGUCAAAUACUGAUUCUGGUUUAGAUUUAACUACUAGUCCUAUUAUGGACGAUAUUAUUGAUAAGAGUAGGGAAUUAGAUACUCGUGAUGAAGAUUACGAUGAUGAUGAUGAUAAUGUCAAUAUUAUAGAUAUUGAUGAUGGAGAAAAUGAAAAUAAUGAUGAUGAUGAUGAUGAUGAAGAAAUUGUUGUACCUCCACCGUUGAAACUUAUUGAGCCAUUAAGUAAUGGUGUUAGUCGUGAAGUUUCAAUGGAGAGUCUUAAUUUGUCGCAUAAAGAUAUUGUACUACCAUCAAGGCAUUCAUUGUCCUCAGAAGAUGAAAUUUUAGAGAUUGUUGAAGUUGAGGAUUUUGAACCGGUACCAAUGCAAGAUUCAUGUUUGCAAGUUACUGAAGAAGAUAUAGCACUUUGUAUGGGUGAAAAUCCGUUACCUGAAAGCGAUCAAGAGGAACAUCCGUUGAGGAUUUUAAGUCAAGAAAACUUAACAAUCGUCUCUACGUUUACGGAUUCGAUGUCAGUAAUGUCAGACAGCGAGCGUUACAAACCACAAUUUUCAUCAUCAGUUGGUACAGGUGUCUUACCACGGCCUUACUUUGACCAUGAGGACUUUCUUGAACAGGAAACUCGACACAAGUUUGAUCAAUUGGCUCGACUUCAUGAACUAUACCAAAGUAAACUUGCAUUGGCCAAUGUUUCUAAUUCAGUGACUUAUCAGAGAGAAAACUCAUCUGUCGUCAGUGUUCGUGAUAUUCCCUCAAAUGUCUUCCGUCCACCAUCACGUUGUCAAUCAUUAUCAUUGUCAGAUGUACUUUUUAAUGAUAAUGCAAGUAAUCAUGGUAGUAUAUACAGUGAACCGGCAUAUAUUGUUGGUAAAAAUGAUACAGAAAAAAUAUGCGAUAAUUGCCGUCAGAGUAUGUCACGACCUGCUACUGCAUCAUAUUGGUAUCCAACGACGACUCAAACAAUGUCAUCAACAACGGGGUUGGGAGGAGGAGGAGGAGGAUUAUCAUCACUAUUAUCAUCAUCAGCAUCACCAUCAGCAGCAACAACAACAACAACAACAACAACAGCAACAACAACAGCUGUACAAGGAAUAUCACAAAUUGCCAGUAAUAGUUUAGCACACUUGGCAAGUCCAAAACGUUAUUGUAGUAAAUUUGGUGAUUGUAAUAUAUCUAGUCUACGGCAUCCGGAUGGUGCAUCAAAUCCAAAUCUAAAAGAGGAAAUUGAAAGGAUACCGGGCAAUGGUGCUUCAGGCUCUGAUCCAGAAGAAGAAUAUAUUGAAGCAAAAAAAUUAUUUAACACGGCUAUUGAAAGGUCUGAAAGAACUGUCACUGGAAAAUCGGAUAUUGAAGAGGAAAUUAAAGUACCAGUGACUGUACCAUUAGAAUUAACAAUUCCGUCCUCACUACCGUCCUCAGGUCGUAUGCAACGGAAAAUAUUAAGCCUCGGUUCAUCACUCGGAUUAAAUCGUGAGAGUUAUGAUUCUGGUGCUGAUUCAACACCACGUGCUACAAAACUUUCUCCAGCUACUUUAUCAAGGCAUCGGGCUGAAAGUUCAGGUUAUGAUAGCGUAGUCAGAGACAGCGAAAUUAGUAGCAUUGCUAGUGAUUCAUCAAGACAAACUAGCGCACUACAAGAGCAUCAAGCGGUGGGACAACCGGUAGUCGGGUACGUGCAACACGUUCAACAUCAGCAGCAGCAGCAGCAGCGGCAGUGGCAGCAGGAACAAAUAAUCCUGCCCGUAGUAAUACUCGAUUACACAGACGAGGACGUGGAAAUAAUGGAACGGAGAAGUCUAAUUCGCUCGGAUCCCCGUGGCACAAUGUACAAGAUAAACAACCUACGUCUGCGCCAACGGCUUCUUAAAAUAGAGCUACGUGAUGCUAAAAAACGAUUAAUGAUACCCGAUGAUCGAUGGACUUAUGACUUACACGUAGAAAAUAGUAUGGACUGGCGUAAUUCAUCAUUUAUUGAAGCACUUGAAGCUGAAACAAUGAUACUACAAAAACGUGUGGAAGCAUGUAAAAGUCAUGUAUUACUUGUUACGUCUUUUGAUUCUUACAAUCCAUUAAGGCCCACUAAUACGCCCACGAUACUGCCAAAUAUUGGGAUCUCUUAACAUAGACUGAGAUCGGUACAAUCGUCUUAGUACUGAUCAUCAAUCCGCGAUAAUUUUAUUUAUAAUAAAUUAUUAUUAUUAUUAUUAUUAUUAGAUUUUAAAAUAAAAUAGAUAAAUUUUCCAUAGUUACCAAGUUGCUUCGCGACAGACUGAGUUUUUUUUUAUAAACCAAAAGCUUUUUUUUUCUUUUUUACGCACAGUUUUACUGAACGACAACAAAAAAAUAUCGAUGACAAAAGUAAAUUUAUUUUAAUUAAUGAAAUAAAAAUUGUGUCAAAUUUAUGAGCUUCACUCUCGAGUAUUAAUUUAUAUUUAUAUAUAAAAUAAUGAAUAACAUAAUAAAUAUCCGAUUUUAAAGACUGAUAAUUUGUUGUCUUAAUCAUCGGCAGCAUUCACCAUCACUAUAAAUAAAACAUGAAUCAUCGUCAUCAUCAUCAUCAUCAUCAUCACCAUCAUCAUCAUUAUCGGAUAUUAAAUUUUUAUAAUU